UGGAAGCCAAGCCUGCCUUCGUCUUUCCAGUCCCUACCACCAGAUACCACCUCUGUUUGGGUUUGCUUUCAGUACCUGACCUGUGCGGCUGUGCUUCUGUUACUGAAAUUUUCUUUGGACAUAUUUGCCCCUGAAUUGGGUUUUCUAGGGUUUCGAAACUAUGCCGGGAAAGGGCUUUGUAAGCUACGGAUAUCUGCUCUACCGCGAGUGAUGAAGCUUUCUGUACACAAUCCAUUUCUAAGGUUAAGGCUGAGGUGGACAAAAUGAUUCUUACAAAGCAGUAUCGUUGCAUACACUCAACAAGCUGUCAAUGCACAAAAGGGCAUCUAAGUGAAGAUGCAAUAUUCCUAGUAUUCCAGCAGUUGAAUUGGAAUCCUAAGUUAAUUGCUACACUUUCUUGUGUCUGCAAAUGGUUUGAUGAUCUCGCCAAGCGUGUACUGUGGAAGGAAUUUUGCCGAACAAGAGCACCAAAGAUGAUGAUUGAUCUUCAAUCUAGUGGGAGUCACAGUGUAGAUGGGAACUGGAGGGCACUCGGGAAGCUGCUUAUUUACUGUACAGGAUCUAAGAAGGGUGGCCUCUUUAAUACCAUUCAAAUCCCUGGUCACUUUGUUUAUAGGACCAGGUUCUCUAGGACAUCUGGGAAGAGCUUUCUCUUGCCACAAUGCAGAACAGAUGUUUUGUAUGUGUCUGAUCCCUGUGAACAUCUUGACCAAGGUGAAGAGGGGGAUGUUGGUUUUUUCCGCGGAGUCUUCAAGUCAUUCUCAAUGUCAAAGGUUCGGAAGAUGUUGAUUAAGAAGGAGGCCCAACUUCAUCCAACAGAGGUGUGCCCUUACUGCAAAGCUAAGUUAUGGAGCAUGUUGCAAGCCAAAAUGAUACCGCAGAGUGCCAGCUGCAGAUUGGGAGCUUAUGAGGAUUGCAUUGAGUAUUUUGUUUGCCUUAAUGGACAUAUGCUUGGGAUCUGUACCCUGCUACCUCUAUCUGAUUCAGAAGAGGCAUCAGAGUUGGACUGAUAGUUGAAACAAAAAAGAGGUCUCUUGGCGUUGCAAGUUUAAGGUUGGGAAGGUCAGAAAUAUUAUGGGAUCUUGACUCGGCUUGUGGAAGCUGAAAUCAUACCAUUACAAUCCCAUUAAGUGUCGAAGCUUUCAGUCUUGCCCUGGUCUGGUGGGUUACCGUGGAAGUGCUUGAAGCUGCUGCUAACCAUUUCUUUUCCAAUUGUCCUUUACAUAAAAUGUUGUCACUCUGGACUCUAAUACAAUGUACAUCUAUGUGUGGCCUAUAUAUGUAAUGUGGAUCGGAUAUUGGUUUGUGCAAUAAGUUUACAUUCUCGUUCAUUGACUUUUCCG